AUGGCAGAAUCAUCCGAGACUUCUGGACCUUCUGGGUUAAACGAAGUGAGGGCUACUCUUCUAAAAGUAGCCGAGCAAAUUUCUUCGAUAAACUCGUCGAAUUCAUCUUCACCGGCAAUGAGCCCAUCUAAUUCUUCAUCAGGUAAGUGUAGCUUUAAAAAAUAGCUUUGUCAAAUCCAGACGAUACAUACAUUGUAUGUAUAUAAUAAUAUGCAAAAAUAUUUAGUAUCAUUUUAUUAUUAUUAAAAAUAAAUUUGACUAUACUUACAUAAAUUGAAAUACAUUUACAGUAAAGCAAAUUAUAGUCUUAAGUCGAGAUUUUAAAUGCUUUUUACUAUAUUCUACUAGGAGCAACAUUGAGAACAAACAGCAGUUCUUCCCGUACUACCAUGCCUACUACAUCACAGCAGCAACACAAUAGCAGCGCCAUAUUGCAGGCCAUACAACCCAACAGCUCAACCAUCUCAUCUGCAAUUAGUGAGCAUAGACGGCUUUUUAAUUUCAAUAAAAGUCGUUGUUCAACCAAGGGCAAAGCAGCGUCAAAAAAGAAGGAAAAGCAACCCACAUGCAAGUUAAAGUUUGUUUGUCUUGCUGCAACAACAGCCACAGCUCCUCCUUCAAAUGUGAAAGACAAGACAGAUCUAUGUAAUGCAGGCUUGGGAGACUGCACAUUACUGUUAGACUUAAAUGAGAGCAGUGUUUAUUUGUAUGAGGAAAUUUUGAAAAAAUUCCCCCAGCUUGCUCACACAGGAGGAUAUGAACUCUCACUUUAUCAAAGAGGGGGUGGUGUCAAUGGGGGCUUUCAUGCAAUUAAACCUCCACUGACAACAAUACGUUUGAAGGAUAUCUGUGCUCUAGCCAAAAUUUAUAUACGACCACUUCAAACAGACAUUCCACUUCUUGACGAGGAAACCCAAGAAGAGAACAAUGAG